CCAUCUUUGCAGACCCAACAUUAGCAGUACUGAGGCUCUGUUUAGCUUCCCACUUGACACAUGUGGGACCGCCAAAGAGAUGAUGAAUGGUACCAACAAUGUGCGGGCCUCUCAGUCUCAGUCGGGUGAAAUCACUCGUCAGUCACAGUUCCUACUACGUGUGGGCUGCAGAAUGGAGCCGGAGACCAUGGUGCAGAUACUCUACAAGGCCAGGGAGAACAUCAAUGCCAACAUCACAGGAACGGGAUGCUUCAAUGCCAGCAUAGCUUUCUUCACCUCCAACAGUUUCUACCAACAAAUUUAUGACUCUCCAUAUGAGAUGUCCCAUUGACAACACAUAUUAUUCCUACACCAAUGGUCAGCACAACUACGCUCAGUUCAGUUUCCGGGCUUUCAAGUUCCUCCGGACUCACGCCUCUGUGUACCUGCAGUGUAAGGUGAUCAUCUGCCCCGAUAACGACUACAACUCUCGCUGCCGCCAAGGUUGCCUCUUACGUCACAAGAGAUCCCUUGGCAGCACCUACCACACCAAUACUGUGACGCUGGGGCCAAUCAAACUCAAAGGCAUCAUAUGAAGGAGUCUGAAACGUCUGAACUGAAUGAAGUUAUCAUCUUCUUAAUCAUAACCUUAAUUAUUACUAUUAAUAAAUCCUUAUUAACCA